AUGCCUCAUUCAGUCCACGGAACCUCAGGCGACGAGUACUUGCCGAUAAGUACUGCCACCACCGCCAAACAUGAAGUCCCACCGCUUGCAAAUCUCUACUGGAACACCAACCUCACCGCCGAAGAAUACACCCUCGACUGUCCGCCUUAUCUCCAAAACAUUGCCCUCAAAGCUCGCCUUGCGCUCUCAACCCGGGAUACCGAUUUCCACAUCCAGACUUGGGACGAAGUGAGGGAGAUUGUUGCGUCGAAUCGGAUUGACAAAUUUCAGCGGAUGCCGAGCCAAUUGAGAGCCUAUCUCAAGUACAUGUGGUCGUUGAAGAAGGAGCAUAGAACUGUGAUGGACCAUGUGAAGACUCACCGGUUGCAAUGGGAGGAUGUUAUGCCGUUAGGGAAGAAACCAUUCGAAGAGGCCACGGAUUGGAAGGUGCUUUAUAAUGACUGGCCGUAUGGUAUUGAUCCGGAGAUCGUGCAUUUGGUGGUAUGGACGAAGUUCGCGCUGGAGGAUGAUCCUAUUACUGAUGAUCUGACACCACGCAUGAGAGCUUUCAUCGAACGAUUCGUAAUGGAGACCUUCUGUUCGGAGGAUGGCGUGGAACGGGAGAGCUUGGUGUGGUUCAAGAACUGGAAGAGUUUGAAGAGUAUUCAUGCGCUUGAGCACUUCCACAUCAUGCUCCAUAAGCCUUCACCUCAGUUCUUGAGACGCAUCACCAACGAUGACAGACCUACCUGGACGACAGUCUGA